AUGCCAUUAAGCGACGAUUCAUCACAAGAAAAACAGCUUAGCGACAUAAGACAAGACAAGAGCUUUGGAGACGAAUAUAACUUUUACGUUUUAACACCUAUUGAAGACGAAGAUCAAGAAAUAUCACAAAUAAUUAAAGAAAACGAUCAUUCGCAAAUUAUCUUAUUACCAAAUCAGCCAGAUUUGGAUGACAUAUCUGUUAACGAAGCUAUCAAAUCAGAAUCACAUAAUGAUUUCGUUAAAUUUAGAUUUAUUGAUAAAAUCGGACAAAAUGAGUUCGAUCUAGAAGUUAAAUCCAAUCAAAAAAUGGAAAGUUUAGAUCUUGAAAUUAUUUCAAGAUGUAAAUUUCGCCAACACAAGGUUGAAUACAUUCUCACCGGUAGAAAAAUUCAACCAGAUGAGAUCGCAUCGAAUGUAUUUCUACGAAAUCGUCGAAAGCGUCCAAUAUACGUAUUUGAAACACCUGCAAAGCUUGAAGAUGCUCAAAAUUCUACAGAAAUACAAUCCAUUUCCACUGAAGAGUUACCAAGCGAAGAAAAAUUAAACAAUUUUUAUUCAAGGGUUAAGAAGAAAUUUGAACACAAUUCAUUUAUAUGUCUUAUUCCAUAUACAAUUGGCCCAUUUUUCACAUAUUAUUUUGAUGGCGAUUUUAAUAUUGAUGAAAUUUUAAUCUUUUUAUACAAAGAAUUCCAAACUUUACUGGACUACGAGAUCUGUAUUCUUGAUAAAGAUUCCCAGCUCAUAGAAACAAAUAAACAAAAUAAUCAAAUUUUAUUUUAUGGCAGAAUUGACAAAAUUCCUGACAAGCUUCCCAAUAUAAUCGAUAAUCUUACAACAUUCAUUACUCUUCACCAGAAAUCCAAAGAAAUUUAUGAUAAAAUUCAAGAAGAAUUUAAACAAAAUAAACAAGAGUUAGUUAAACAAAUAUGGAUCAGAUUAAAUAGUUUGAACUCACAAUUGUACAAUUUAGAGGACAAAGUUAAGAAGUUUUACAAAAUUCUUGAAGAAUCGAGCCAAGUUAGUCAAAAAACAACAUCAGCUAUUACUGAAACUACUAAAAAGGCCGGAAAUAUCAAUUUGAACGUGAUUAUCACUGAUAAUAUUGAUAAUGAAUCUAAUUUUGUUCAAUUCACAAUUUCUGUUUCUGAAUCCUCAACAUUCAAUGAAGUUACAAGUGUAAUAUAUAAAGAGCACCAAGAAUUAGCAAAUUGCAAGUUUGAUUUUAGAGAUUCACAACAUCAAGAAAUUUGGAAAAAUCAAAAGGUUCGUAGUUAUGCAAAUCAGAAAGUUUACGCUAUAACAGACCAAGAUCCAGCUAAAAUCAAAACAUUGCAAGACAAUUUGGAGACAAAAUUUAUAUAUGAUGAUUGUUUUAAUGCAUCAAUAUCGAUUAAAUCAUCGGAGACACAAGAAAAUAUUGAAAAGCAACUUUGCGAGUUUUUCAAUUGUUCCGGGCCAGUAAAAUUCGAGUUUUCACCUGAUAUUACUAAUGGAUUAAAGAAUAUUCGUGAAGUUAAUAUAAAACCAUUGAAUGGAAUCCAUUUAUACCUUGAACUCAGUACAUUACUUGCAGAUGACAAUAAAGAAAACUUAGAUGCAGUUCUUGAAUAUAAUACUCCAUUUGUUGAAAUUUUUAAUACUCUGAUUCAAAAAGGAGUAUUCUCUUCUGUUGAAGAAAAUGGAUUAGUUUUUUGGAAAGAAAGAGAUGUAUCUCAAAAAUGUCCGAAUGAUAUAGGCAUCAAAGAACUGGAAGAAUAUCGACAAAUCGAAAUAACAUCAUCUGGAUGUCAAAGAAUUUCAAAGGAAAUAACUGAAAGACUUAACAAAGAAGAAGAUAUCCAACAAGUAAUGCUUUUUACUGGUGUAGAUAAAAAAGAGGCAAUGAAACUUGUUGUAAUUCACGGAGAUGCAAAUUCCGCUAUUAACAGCUAUUUGGAUAGCCUAAAAAAUUAG